UCUCCUUUCCUAUUAGUAUUAUUCCUCUUUUAACUUGUGAUCCAAACAUACUAUUUGAUUAUGUACUGACAGAAACAUCCUCUUACCCUAAGGAUACGGAUGCCCACCCAAUGUUUUCUAAAUUACAAGUUUGCCAUCCACUUUCGCUUUCAGUUUAUAGAUGAAAACGGAACAGAGGUUAAAAGUUAGGACUUCCUCCUGGCGCAUGUUAGCCGCAAUCCCGAGCUACUGGAAUCUACCCCAACUCGGCCGGAUCUGACUACCUUGGCCGGUAAUGUCAAGAAAACACCCAAUCUUCUUCCUCGUGACAAUAAUAUGCGUCCCUCUUGCUUCCUCUCUCCGAUCACUCUCCUCCGGACCAUGUGACCGUACCGUUCCACCGGACCCGUUGACCCUCCGAACAGACCAAAUGACGGUCCUGAUCAACGGCUACUCCGAGUCCCGAAUUCCCAUCCUCCGCUCGAUCGCUGCCACGUAUUCCGCAUCCUCAUCAGUGUCAUCCGUCCUCGUCCUAUGGGGAAACCCCACCACCCCUCCCCAAACCCUAACCCAACUCUCCCACGACCUUGCUGUCUCCUCAGCCAGCGCACCAAUCUCUAUAAUCUUACAAUCCUCCUCAAGUCUCAAUUCCCGUUUCCUCCCCAGAGAAUUAAUUAAUACCCGCGCUGUCCUCAUCUGCGACGAUGACGUUGAAGUCGACCUAAAAUCAGUCGAAUUCGCAUUCAGACUGUGGAGAUUAGAUCCAGACCAUUUAGUGGGGAUUUUCGCUAGGUCACACGAUUUUGAUUUGUCGAAGAAGACUUGGAUUUACACGGUUCAUCCGGAGAAGUACUCGAUAUUGCUGACGAAGUUCAUGAUCAUAAAACAUGAGUAUUUGUACAAGUAUAGCUGUGAAGGCGGGGAAGAACUGGCAGAGAUGAGAAAGGUGGUGGAUAGAAUGGAGAAUUGCGAGGAUAUUCUGAUGAAUUACCUGGUUUCCGAUACCAUUCAAGCUGGGCCGAUAUUGGUCGGAAUGGAGAGGGUGAGGGAUUGGGGGGAUGCCAGGAAUGAGGAGACAAGAGGGUUAGUAGAAGAAGAGAGGAAGAGAGUGAGACAAGUGGGGUUGAGUAGUAGAAAAGGGGAUCACAGGAAGACGAGAGGUGAGUGUAUACGGGAAUUUCAUAGGAUAUUGGGGAGAAUGCCUUUGAGAUAUAGUUAUGGGAAGGUAGUUAAUUCAGCUGGUGAACAAGGGUUAUGUGACAAAGGUGGGAGGUUGGUGUUUUGUGAUCAGCAGAUUUUCAAAUAAUUUUCCAACUUUUACUGUAGUGAUGUAAAUUGUAUCACAGAAUUUUCCCGUUUGCUUGAUCCUCCACCUUUUACUGCAU